AUGUCUCUUGCUCAGAAUCACUAUGUGAUCCAGCUCCCCAAGACCCCUGUCACUAUCGGUCCGUUGGAUGCACGCGCCAUUGCCCAACGAUGGAUCACCGAUCUGGAGGCCCUCACAGCGGGAAAUUACUCCCGGCUGGCAUCUCUCUUCCAUGAUGAUUCCUGGUGGAGGGACAUGCUUGCAUUAGUCUGGGACCUGCGCACGAUUCAGGGUCGUGAGAAGAUCCAGGCGUUUCUGGCUGCAAACCAGCCCGGAGCGGGUAUAUCCGCUCUGCGUCUGCAGCAUGAGGGCAAAUACCAGCCAAGCAUGGAGUCUCCUGCAGAGGGGCUGAGCUGGAUUAACUCCAUGUUCUUCUUUGAGACUCGUGUCGGACGCGGUUCGGGUGUCCUUCAUCUGACACAGAAUGAUGCGGGCGAGUGGAAGGGAUAUUCGAUGUACACCUCUCUACAGGAAUUGAAGAGCUUUGAGGAGCCCUUGGGCGCUCGGAGAGUUGAUGACACCAUCGAGUCGAUGCCCGGUGGUCUCAAUCAGGGAAAUUGGAUUGAAAGGCGCCAGCGAUUGAUUGAGUUCAAUGAUGAGGAGCCGACUGCUCUUAUCGUUGGUGCUGGCCAGGCAGGUCUCAACAUGGGCGCUCGACUCCAAUCCCUCGGGGUGUCACAUCUCAUCGUCGACCGGAAUGAACGGAUCGGCGACAACUGGAGGAAGCGAUACAGGACCCUUGUUACCCAUGAUCCUGCAGAGUUCACACAUAUGGCCUAUCUACCCUUCCCGAAGAACUGGCCGCAGUACACUCCAAAGGAUAAACUGGGCGACUGGUUUGAGGCCUACGCCAGUAUCAUGGAACUGAACGUCUGGCUCAAGACCUCCAUCAAAUCUGCCGAUUACGAUGACGCCCAGAAACAAUGGACCGUGACCGUCGUCCGCGGCGACGGCGAACGCACUCUCCACCCACGCCAUCUGAUCUGGUGCACUGGUCACUCAGGCGAGCCCCUGGUCCCCAGCUUCCGUGGCCAGUCAGAGUUCAAAGGCACAGUCUACCACGGCAGCCAACACGAUGAUGCAUCCCGCCAGAACGUAACAGGCAAAAGGGUCGUAGUAGUUGGCACCGGCAACAGCGGCCAUGACAUUGCGCAGAACUUUUACGAAAACGGUGCCCAAGUGACCAUGCUCCAGCGACGCGGGACAUAUGUCAUCACCGUCGAGAAGGGCGUUAUCAUGAUGCACGAGGGUCAACACGAAGAAAACGGACCCCCCACCGAAGAAGCCGAUUUAAUCCACGAAUGCCUCCCCUACCCCGUCCAAUUCGCCCUCUCCGUCCACUUCACCAAGCGCGUAGCCCUCGCCGAACAAGACCUCCUCGCCGGCCUCGAACGCGCCGGCUUCGCACUGGACUUUGGCAUCGACGGUGCUGGCAUCUCCCGCGCAUAUAUGACUCGUGGCGGCGGAUACUACAUCGACGUCGGCUGCAGCCCACUCAUCGCCUCCGGCAAGAUCCAAGUCAAGCGCAGUCCAGAUGGUAUCUCCCAUUUCACCGAAUCCGGGCUUGUGCUAAAAGACGGAUCGACUCUCCCUGCCGACAUUGUCGUUCUAGCCACCGGAUACGAUAAUAUGCGCACGACGGUGCGGAAAGUCCUAGGUGAUCGUGUCGCCGAUCGCUGUCGCGAUGUAUGGGAUCUAGAUGAGGAGGGAGAAAUUAAUGCCAUGUGGCGACCGAGCGGCCACCCCGGGUUCUGGUACAUGGGGGGAAACCUCGCCUUGUGUCGGAUUUACUCCAAGUUCUUGGCGUUGCAAAUCAAAGCUAUUGAAUCUAGGUUGGUGGAUGCGGAUGAUCAGACGCAGGUACAACCAAAAUUGUGA